AUGUGUGGCUGUAGUUCUAGCACCACUGAGACUACCUCAUAUUCUCUAAAUCAUUCAAACGAUGUUUCUUCAACCAAAGUUUCCAAGAAAACACUCAAACGCAUUCCAAUUUCCAAGCAGUUGGCUUCCAUAAAGGGUCUAAGAAAAAGCUCUGAUCUAGAAAAAGCUAUGGCUACAGCAGCCUUGGUUUAUGACAAUGAGGCAGAUGCUGAGGGCAAACUCAGCAAAUGUGAAGCUAAGAAGCUGCUCCUAAUUCAGUUUAUGCAUUUUGUAAAGGGUCAAGAAACCAAACCAAAGUACCAGGAAAUGAUGUCUGCUCUUGAUGAGAACAAGAAUGACAAAAUUGAUUUUGAGGAUUUUAUGGUUCACGUGGUUAGCCUCACCUUGAUGUCUGAUCUGCGACAAGAGAUUCAAAAUGUGCGGAAAACUAAAUGA